AUGGCGGACAAACGAAGGAGGAAGAGUCUGAGCAUUUUUCGCCAAAAAUUAGACGUUUCCCCUUCUAUUCAAAUUCCCACAAACUCGUCAGAGAAACGUUCCGAUGACUACCAUAUUCCCAGUCCCAUUGACUCAGAUCAAUCUAGUCCCAAGGUGCGUCCUCGAACCUUGCAGAAGGCCAAUCGGACCUCGGUUUUCGGUUCUCUCCGCUCACUUCAGUCGCUCGACCAAGAUGAGAAGGUGGCCCUGACGAGAUCCGACUCCAAGGCUUCGUCCUUGCAAGAAGACGGGGAUAUGAACUUGAAAGGUCUUUUGGGUGACAGGAUCCUUCAAUAUGGCGAAGUUCUCGCUGGAGGUGGGAAUAUGUUUCGAAAGAGAACUCAGUUCUUGGUUCUGACCGAGUCGCACCUCAUUCGAUUUCGAAGUCAGGCCAAAGCGAUCGAGAUGUUCCCCGGCAUUCCGAAUACUGCCGUCAGAGGCCAUGUCCCACGCUCCUCUUCAAUUGGUUCAUACCAGGAGCUCCAAUUCGCCACAUACUCUGACAUCACUUCCGCCAUCUCUCUCGACCAGACGAUUGCCGUGAGCAAAUUUGAUGAUGGUCGACCUGUAUUUUCCAUCGAAGUCGCGCAUCUUGACGAGCGAGCCAAAAAGGCCUCGGUCCUACAGUUCCAAGUCAACGAUCCACGCGAAUCCGAACUGUGGAUUACUGCAAUCCGUAAGGCUUCCAAGGCGAGUCAAGGUGGCUCGCCACGAAAGAUUCAGGCUCAAACUCUCGAAUCUAUCGCUCGUGUACUUGAUCGAGACCGGGAUUAUGACCCUGAUCAUUUUCAUGUGUUCAGGGCGGUAAAGAGAUCCACACACAGGUCAGCGAGUAAAACUUCGGCAGAGGAUUUGACGAAGCUCAACUCAAUGAUUUGUUAUCUGGCCAUCGGACUGUAUAAAGUGCAUUUGAUCCCAAUCAAUAAGUCAUCUUCGAGGUCCUCGAGCACCUCUUUGAGUGAGAUGGACUCUACAAGCUCCUAUGGUAUUGUGACGAUCACCGCCGUCAAGGUUCGUUUCGAGGAAGAUAACUUUCAGCUGCUGUUAAAGGCUCCAGUAGGCCAGCCUUACACGCUACAGUUGGCCUCAUCUGCAGCAGAAGACAUCGCGUUAUGGUUGAGAUUUGCCUCAGAAUAUCUGCGGCCUGAAUGGAUCUGUCAACCGUUUAACUUCGAUGUUCCUGAAGAGCUUGACGACAGGAUGAAUCCUCCCAACUACCCACAGGAAGAUCACCAUUGCUUUGAUCGCACACUUAUCGCAUACUGUGCCGGAUACGAUAUAGAUACAUCUCGCAUCUGCUAUUCCGUGGACUAUCAAUGCGAGGAUGCACCUUGCUUCCAGUUGCUUGCACCAUCAACAAGUGCCCCUUACUCUGCUUUGGAACUGCUUGCCGUUUUCAGGUCCCUACGGUAUAACGAGUCCUUCAGUUCAAUCUCAUUUGCGCGGAUCAAUCUGACUCCUUUGCGUAAAAUGUACGACGAUUUUGGCUCAGACUUGGACAGCCUGGCCACGCGUUCUGGGCAUCCUACCAAUAUCACUGGACACCAGGAAUUGCCAGUCUUGUGCCAGGAAAUUCGAGGCUUAGCACUGAAAAGUCGACGGCUGAGACGGCUGGACUUUUCAUAUAGCAUUCCCAUUCAAAUCGCCGUAGCAGACGAGCAACCUUUUAAUUGUGGAAUUCCGGAAGCCCUUGCUCCUCUCUGCAAGAAGUCGUUGACCAAUGUCGACUGGAUAAUCUUAACAGGCCUAAAACUUGCAGACUCUGAUCUGAACCAUCUAGUGGACGCUGCAUCGGAGAGAAAGUGUCACUUCAGAGCUUUGGAACUCGGCGAAUGCGGGCUGUCCGUGCAUGAUAUUGACGUGCUACUGUCUGCCCUUGCCAUACAGGAGAGUACUGUGGAAGUGAUCAAUAUUUCGGGCGCUCAAGGGCGGUUCAGCCCUGAGCUGUUCCAGAGAGAACUAGGCGCGUUCAGCCGGAUCCGUCGUUUGAACCUUACGCGUGUGCAGAAAACUGCUGGACCAGAGCCUCUAGUUGCACCGGACGCCCUUUUUGCAUGGAGGCUAGAAGAACUCCAUUUAUCUCAGACGACACUCAACGAACAAACAGUCGACUCGAUAUCCACAUAUCUGGCAACUCCCAAAUCCGACAUUCUCCGAGAAUUGCACGUCAAUCAAUGCGGGCUAAAUGGUCGUGACCUUGCUACUUUUUUUCGGUCGAUGGCAAGGGAUGAUGGACAAUCAAGGAACAUGCAUGUCAGCGCCAAUGAGAAUCGACUGAAAGUGGGCGGAUCGACACUGUUCAAAACCAUAGCACAGAGCUAUGGGCCAUCGUCGGUCAGCAUGCGGAUGAUGGAUUUUGAAAAGGAGAGCCACUUCCGCGAGUUGAUCAACGCGUUGAAAUGCAAUACAACGAUUCGGAGUUUGGACAUUUCGCGUGCUUCAUUGCCUUACGAUGCAUCGAUGGAGACGUGCGAAGCACUCAAAGAUAUGUUCGCGACAAACAAGACGCUCGAGGAGUUGGAUAUUAGUGGAGAGCAUGCACACCUCGACGCUACACGCUUUGGCAUUGGGCUUAAUGUUGCACUGAGAGGGUUGGGGCACAACAAGACAUUGAGAUUGUUGCGAAUCGAGUACCAGUCUCUCGGGCUGCAAGGGGCAACCACAUUGGCGGAAGUGCUCAAGACCAAUGAUACUCUGUUAGAGAUCCACUGUGAGCACAACGAUAUCAAUUUGCAGAGCUUCACCGUCCUGGUGGACGCUCUUGAGGAUAAUUAUACACUGCUUUAUUUGCCAACGCUCGAACAGGACCGUGCCAAGGCGAUGGAAAGGGUGCGGCGUGAGAUUGAAUCUUCGGUGGACCGGGCUGAGGAUGCGCGACGAGCCAAAAGUGGAAAUGCGCUUAAAAGGACGUUGGGCGGGGCAUUGACGGGCAAACAUCACCGGCACAGUCACGGGCAUCGACCAAGCAGUUCCAUCUCGUCCGCCGGGUCAUUCACAGAACAAGACGUGACGGCAGUGAUUUCGACUUUGGAGGAUAAGUGGAAUCUGCAAGUGACAAGGUUGCAGAAAUAUUUGUUUCGAAAUUAUUGCCGGGCUCAAGGCGAGGUAUGGGAAGACGACAACCCAGGUGAGGGUAGCGGGCGUCAGAACAUGGGCUCAGAAUCUGUCGCUCAACUGCUGCAAAGAGUCAAUCUUGACCGCACCCCAACUAAUGAGCAUCCAGAAGUACUGGAUUACAUUGAUGAAAAACUGGCGCAGAAAAAACAUUUCGUUUUUCCUAUGCCUGAAGAUGAGAUGGAAUGA